AUGGCUUCUGUUCAUGUUAGGAAAUUAGCUAGAGAAUCUACCCUUUUCCUUCUUUGUGAUAUUCAAGAAAAAUUCAAACCACAUAUUUAUGAAUUUUCAAGUUUAGUAUCAACUGCAAAAAAAAUGAUUAAUGUAUCGAAAAUUUUGGAUAUUCCUGUGAUUGUUACUGAACAGAAUCCAACAGCUCUUGGAAAAACUGAUAAUGAUAUUGAUACUAAAGCUCAUCAAAAAAUUAAAGUCUAUGAAAAAACAAAAUUUUCAAUGUAUACCCAUGAAAUAGCAACAAGGUUGAACGAUAUGGAAAAGGAAAUGGAAACAAAACCAAGUAUUGUACUUUUUGGAAUUGAGGCCCAUGUGUGUGUGUUACAAACAACCUUAGACUUAUUGCAGAAUAAUUAUAAAGUCCAUGUGUUGCAAGAUGGCAUUUCAUCUAUUCACUUUCCAGAAGUCGAUAUUGCAUUGCAACGAAUGCGUCAAGAAGGAGCAGUAAUCACAUCAUCAGAAUCCGUUCUGUUUCAAUUGUUGGGUGACUCCCAAAACGAGAAGUUCAAAGAUAUUUCUGGUCUAGUGAAAGAAUACAAGGAAGCUACUGCAAACAACAAAUUGCUUUUUAGAUCAAGAUUUUCUUUUGCGGCUGUAAUUUCUCGUAUAAUUUCUCCAAUAAUUUUUCCAAAAACCUAUAAAAAUUUAUAUGGCAUUAAAAGGUUUAAUUGGGAUAUACACUUUGUUAGUUCGAUUAAUUGUUUAUUAGUUGUUAUAUUAUCUAUACCCAUAUUUUGGGAUGAGGAAUUGAUUAAAGAUAAAGUUUUUGGUUAUGAUACUUAUGCUGGAGACGUUUAUGCUAUUGCUUGUGGAUAUUUUCUUUGGGAUGCUUUUGUAUCUCUUUAUCAUGUGAAAGAAUCCGGGAUUGGAUUUGUAUUACAUGGAACGUGCUGUUUUGGUGUCUUCCUGUUUGCUUACCGACCAUUUUUGAAUUAUUAUGGUGCGGUAUUUUUGAUGUUUGAAAUUUCAACCCCAUUCGUAAACAUACAUUGGUUUAUGGAUAAAUUGGGAUUAACAGGAACGUUACCACAAUUUAUUAAUGGAAUAUGUUUAAUUGUAACGUUCUUUUGUGCAAGAAUUAUAUUUGGAUUUUACAUGUCUUAUCACACAUUCCGAUCGGUUAUUGCAGUGAUUGAUCAAGUUCCAACAUUUUUAUGUGUGAUUUAUGGAACGGCCAACAUUAUAUUAAAUUGUUUAAAUGCAUUUUGGUUUUUUAAAAUAAUUGAAGCAAUAGCAAAAAGAUUUGACAAAACUGGCGAAAAGAAACAAAAACGUGGUAAAUCUGCAAAUACCACCAUUAAAUCCGACGGAAAAGCAAAAAAAUUAUAA